CUUCCUCCCCGCGACAUCGCCGCCAUUCAAUUCAUCUUCUCAUCUGCCAGCAUUUCCCUCCCGUUCCCUUCCGAGACAUGCAAUAAUUCCUUUCUGAAUGUCCCUCUGCUCGCACCCCUCUCUACGUCUCUGCCUCCGUGCUGGAGGCCACUCCUAUGCACCGGAGCAUAGCCUCUGCCUGGGCAGGAGUCGACGGGUAGCUGCCCGGCAUGCAAGAUCCUUCGGCAGCAGUACGCCGCAGCCUUGGAAGGCCCCCCAUUCCUCCAAGGAGCUCAAGCAUGGUCACCCGAAGCCGGCUUCGAAAGCCACCGCGGCACCCAAAUGGAACCGAGUUAUCUACCGGACCCAGGUCUUGCGGGGCAAUGUAUAUCAGCCUCUGAAAAGAUUUCUCGGCGAAGACGUGCUGGCUAUGGAGAAGGAAAUCCGGGAUAAUUCAUUAGCCUCCGGAGAACAUGGAUCCUCAGCUCAUACUCAAUGGCGAACCAUCGCUGCGCAGCUGCGAGAGGGCGUGGAUCCUGAUGGAAUUAGCUUCCAUGAUUUCCCAUUGGAGUCCACGGAAAUAGACCUUCUUGCAAAGAUACAAACAGACUGCCUGGGAAGCUUUCGUGAAGCUUGGGAAAAACUUGACCUCAACACAAAGGCUACCGCUUGGGAGCGAUUAUCACUGGCGCUAUUGCGUCACCGUCACUAUGGCCUCCUCUUGGAAUUUCUUUGGGUCACUAGCCAGGGUUCUGAGAAGCCAGUGCUAAAAUUGGCUUAUGACUGUCUGAAAAAUAUCAUGGAAUGUUUUCCCGGCUACAGAGACUGGACAAAUGGGGAGCUCACUUUCCGCUCUGUUGUCCAGACUUGCUUAGCCCCUGAAAAUUGGCCUGUUGUCAUCAUGACACAGAAUGCCAUGCGCUUAUUUUUAGAUUGCACAGACGGCGAUGGUGUCCGCCGGGCCUGGGAUCUCUCGCGCAAGAGAAAAGUGCAUAUAGUGGCCCCAACGCUUCUUCAUUUCAUGUCCCAUUUCGUGAAGCUCAAGGACGCUGACAUGGCAUUGGAAGUACUGAAAGUCAUCUUUGAUCUCCGACAGGAAGGGUUCACAACACGGGACUACCUAGUUACGAGGGAAAUUGCUGGACUCUUGGGCCUAGAUUCAGUUGUGGACGGCCCAGAUGGGCGGAACUUCCAUAUCUUGCCCAGGAUUCUCAAGAUUGGAGUGCGGCUUGAUAUGACCAUGAUGAAUGCUAUCCUGAAAAACACUUUCAAGACAGGGGAUCCUCAGUUAAGUGAUGAUAUACUGGAGUAUAUCAAGAAACAAGGCAUGAAGUUCAAUGCGGGCACUUACAUAGCUCAAUUGGGUGAUGCUCUUGACCGCAGAGAUCAAGACCUAGUCAAGGAACUGCUGCAAGAGAUCGAUACACGGCCUGACCUUCGAACGCACCCAUGGCUCGCGAGCAAGAUUUUUCACGCCCAUUUUGUUUUUAACGUCAAGGGAAACAGAUUCAUAGGGGGUGAAGGUCAACCGGAUCUCACCCCUGAACAGACCUUCUACUCCAUGCUAGACGUGUAUAAUAAGUACUUUGACAUCGCACCCUUACAGGAACUUUACAUACUAGCGCCUGGAUACACUCCUCCUGAAUCGGACGUGGCUAAGUUGGAGCCAACCCGUGGUGCCAUGUUUCUCCUGAUUGCGAGUUACCUGCGAUGCAAAAGAAGUGCGGCCGUUGGGCAACGCAUUUAUGCCAGGUUCAUCGAACUUUUGGUUCAGGGCGACAAAUAUGCUGUUCACCUAGCCAAGACUGAUCAUAUCUUCAACGAGUUCAUUAUCUCGUGGCGGAAUGAUCCUCGCGGGGGGCGACCGUCUGUGCGCGUCGUUGAAGACAUGCUAUACUUGUCGGCCCAGGACCCGGAAAAAUUUGUCAAACCAACGGUUUUGACUUGGACAGUAUUGCUAAGCGUGUUUAUCUAUACCAAGCAGCAAUACGCCGCCAACAAAGUCAGAGAGAUGAUGGCUAAACAUCAGAUCGUGUACGAUUUGUCCACCUGGAACCUGAUCAUCAGCGGACUUGUGAUGAACCAGGAUGUUGACGGGGUCGCGAAAGCAAUUCAGACCAUGCAGCAGGAGGGCCUGUCUCCAGAUGCAUAUACGAUUAAGCACGUGAACGAACUCGGAGAUUUGCAAUCCCUGGUAGACAUCGUGGGGGAACUCAACGAGAGCGAUGCUUUAGCCAGCGAGGGUGCUGCCGCCGAGGCCUACCAGGCGGAGAUGAUGGAAACCGAGCGAUUGGUCGAGGAAGGUCUGGUGCGUCUGAAGGCGGACGAAGAGGACAAGUCGUGAGAUAUCCCGUUGGUUUCCCCGUUGGUUUCAGUUCUUCUCUUGCAUCUCUAGCGUGGCGCGGGAGGAUUCGGUGUUUUCGGAUAAAACGUAUAUAGAUGGAAUUCCCUGGAUGGUACUCCGUAGACAGCACCUUGUAUGUACGAUAUGCAGCAUGAUAAUUAUGGGGA